AUGGGAAGAUAUUCAAAAAUCAAACAAUCUUAAAAAGACUUAGAAGGGAAAAAUGAUUCAAAAAUUUAGUCAAAUAAGUUAUAAAAAUGUAUAACCAAAAUUAGAAAAUCAGAAAUAGGUAAACCCUCUUUUUUGAACUCUAUAAGCCUUCAAAUACCAAAUAUUUGGAGUUCUAAUUAUAUAUUAGUAAAUAUUGUAAGUUUUUUUAUUGACGAAGGAAGGCAUUUCUUACUUCAUCUUGCUGGAGCAAAACGAAAAUCAGAAAAGGAAAAAGAUAUAUUAAAAAAAUAGUAACAGUUAAAAAAACAGAUUGAAAUAGUAUAAAAAAAACCUCUAUUUGAAUUUUUGGAAUCUUUUUCUAUAAAUUAAUUAGGAAUGCCUAAAAGAAACAAGAAAAAAGAAAGGAUUGUUGUUUUUUUCUUGAGAAGCAACAUGAAUUUCGAUUUAAAGGUUAAUUAUUCAAUUAAAUUAUCUUAAUUAAAUGAAAAAUGGGCUUAGAUUUUAAAAAAAAUUAAAUUUUUAUUUGAUGAAAAAUUUUAUAAAGAAUUGAUUGAAAUUUUAGAUUUAUUAUAAAAACAUGAGAAUAGAAUAGGAUUUAUAGCUGAUGUGUUAAUAGAUAAAUUGGAAAGAAGUAAUUGUUUAGAAAACAUUUAAGUGAUAUUUAAAAAUCUUUUGAUACAAAUUAUAAAAGAGCAUCAAGAUGAAUUACUAAAUCAUAUUUAACUUUAUUAACGUUAACCAGAUUAUAUUUUAGAAGUUUACAAAAAAUAGAUAAAACUUUAUCGACAUAGAAUUAUAAACUUUAUCUUUAAUUUGAGAUGUCUAUUUGAUAAUUAUAAUUAUGAUUAAGUUUAAAAUUUAAUGUACCAAUAAUAAGUGAGAGAAUUCUUUGAAGCAGAGGAUUAGAAUUAUAAAAUAUUUGAUUAAGAUAUUGAAAUCUAUUAAUAUGAUUAUUGA